AUGGCGUCUCACCAGCAGACUAGGAUCCAAGCCUACCUGGAGAAGAAUAAGAUCGGUCCCCUUUUCGAGGAGUUGAUGACCAAGCUGAUAACGGAGACACCUGACCAGCCAAUCCCAUUUCUAAUUGAUCACCUUCAGUCCAAGCAGGGAAACCGUGGUCAGCUGCAGAGAACAUUGUCUGGCUCUGCUGCCCUCUGGGCAGAGAGUGAAACAUCAGAAAAUAAAGGAACAAGAAGAGAUUUUAGAAAUUAUGAAAAGCCUUGGCAGGUAAAUGCAAAAAAGCCUAAAAAGUCAAAGAGCGACCUUGCUGUGUCCAACAUUUCUCCACCAUCACCGGAGUCCAAGUCAUUGCCAAGGUCAAUAGAGCAUCCUAAAUGGGAUUGGAAGACAAAACCGGAGAACCAUGAUUUUGAUGAACUAAAUCAUAUUCUUCAAGAGAGCAAAAAGCUUGGAAAAGCCCUUGAGAAUCUGUCUCGCAGCAUUGCUAUUUCUGAUGAACUCGAUAAGGACACAGCAGGUUUUAACACCCCCCUUCUCAGACCUCGUGUGAUUGGAGAAUGGAUUGGCCGUGAAGAGAAUGAUGCAGACCCUCUGGCUGCUGAGAUGCUGCAGCCACCAAUACCAAGAAAUAAAAAUGAUCAGUGGGACAGCGAGGAUAGCAGCAGUCCUGGAGGAAGCUUAAAAAUGGAGCCAAAGACCAAAGGAUUAAAACAUCAACAGCAGCAACAUAAGAAACUGCUGGCUGCCAUGCUUUCUCAGGACUCCUUUGAUUCUGCUCAAAGCACAGCUCCAUCUGUAACUGAAGAAGACAUUGACAAUGAAGAUGAUGCAAUGGAACUACUGGAGGAUCUUGAUGAUCUCAGAAUGGAAGGAGUAACGAGUGUGGUGUCUUCUGGGAGCAAAUUCAAUCAAACCCGAAGUGCUCAUACGGCUGAGCCUCAAGCAAAGGUCACAUUGAAUAUAUGUGCAAGAUGUGCCAGAUUGCAAGGAGAUAAUUUGGCAGAAAGGCCAGAAGAUGUCUCCAUGGUAUCUCAGACAUCUGAGCCAGCAGUGUCAGACUCCGAUGCUCAAGUACCUGGGGUUGAAACACUCACAGAAGAUAUUAAUGAGUUUCAGAGUGCUUCUCAAGUGGCAGCAUCUUCUCAGACAGUUUGGACCUUGGAUGCCGUGACUGUCAGACCUGGAGGUUCCCCACGGCAGAAACUCCUAAAGGACUCCUUAGCAGCAAAAGAGCUUCAGACCAUGGAAAAACACCUAGCUGACAUUGAGAAGGACCUCGCACUGUGGGAAGAAGCAAGGCUCUCAAGAAGCCCUGGUGUCCAGCAUCCUAGUGUAGUUACAUCUGACCAUCAAGGCACUCUUCAAGCUGCACAGGGCCAAACCCCAAGGCCUCAGGUGCCAACUCCGACAGGGAAGAACAUUCAGCUCCAAGGAAACAAAUCGCCACCGCUGCCCCCUAACAGCAGAACACAGGUCUCCAGUGUCACAAGCAGCAGUGCACAAACCAACCGGCCAUCAACUCCAGGAAGCAGACCUAUGACCCCAAAUAGCUUGUUGUCACGGCCUCUUACCCCUAGCAACCAAGGAAAUAGGGAAAGUAUUAUUAGCAUUCAAAGAAGCAGAUCUUUGUCAUCUAAGAGCCAAAUGGGGAGGACCCUCAGUGCUGCUUCAGGGCUUUCUGUGCAAGUGAGUGGAGAUGUUGUUGGAACUGUCACUACUCAGAGAAACAGUUUAUCAGAAGAUGAAUUCUUACAACAGCUUCAACUUGCUCAUCAACCUUGGAUAUUGCCAAGUGACACAGAAAGUGAAGGAGUAGAAGCUGACCAAGACAAAUGUAAGUAUAUGUGUAAGGACCAGAUAGUAUGUCAAAUAUUAUCAGAUAAUAUGUCAAAACCCCUCAACUUUACUUCUGUUUUCCAUAUCUUCAAAUACUGUGGAGAUGUCAUGCCUGCUCACAGGAGCUUUUCCCACAAGUGCCAAUUACUUCUUUGUCUUAGGGCUGAACCUUAUAGGAUUGAUUUGCAGAAGCUUUCCUGUAGUCACUGAACAAUAACAGAAUGAUCACAGAACAUUGUUUAUUUAAGCUAAGUGAAACAAUUUGUCCUGAUAUGUUAAAGUAGCUGUUCCAGAAAAUAACAUGAACUUGAAAUAGAUAAUCUGUUUAAUAAAUCUGUAUUUACCAGCAAAAAAAAACCCCAAACUCCAAACUUAAAAAAACUCCAGGUCUGAAAAAUAGAGCUUUCGUCCUUAGGUCUGUAACUCCAUUAUCUGUAUUUUGCUUACAUUCUUUUUAAUUCAUCUGUAAUAAUAAAAAAGUUCUUAAUCAUACAAGUAAUCCUUAAUAUCCUGAAUUUUUUGAAGUAUUUGUCUAAUUGUGGAAGUGAAGAUCAGCAAGGUCAGAGUCCAAAUGGCAGAACAAGUAACAGGCUAAAAAUUGCAAUAUUUUCAAAUUGUAGCAAACUUACCCUGCC